ACCCAAACAUCGAUCACGUGCCUGUGUAUAAAUAAAUACACACACUUAACAAGUUACUAUCACACUGACACCAAUCUUCUUCUUUUAACAGUCGUUUUAUUACAGCGUUCUGAUCAAAGCCUAGAAGAGUUAAAGUAGACAGAGAGAAAGAAGAAGAAGAAGAAGAAGCCAUGAAUGCUUUAGCAGCAACAAACAGAAACUUCAAGUUAGCUGCUAGGCUUCUUGGUUUGGAUUCUAAGCUCGAGAAAAGUCUUCUCAUCCCCUUCCGAGAAAUCAAGGUGGAAUGUACCAUACCGAAAGACGAUGGGACACUAGCAUCAUUCGUUGGGUUUAGAGUUCAACACGACAAUGCAAGAGGUCCCAUGAAAGGCGGAAUCAGAUAUCAUCCCGAGGUUGAUCCGGAUGAAGUGAACGCAUUGGCUCAGCUCAUGACAUGGAAAACAGCAGUGGCUAAGAUUCCGUACGGAGGAGCCAAAGGAGGGAUUGGUUGUGAUCCGAGCAAGCUCAGUAUAUCCGAGCUCGAGCGGUUGACUCGAGUUUUCACUCAGAAGAUUCAUGAUCUCAUUGGGAUUCAGACUGAUGUUCCAGCUCCAGAUAUGGGCACUGGUCCUCAGACAAUGGCUUGGAUUCUUGAUGAGUACUCUAAGUUUCAUGGAUACUCGCCUGCAGUUGUGACUGGAAAACCCAUUGAUCUUGGUGGAUCUCUAGGGAGAGACGCGGCUACUGGAAGAGGAGUGAUGUUUGGAACCGAAGCUUUGCUUAACGAGCACGGCAAGAGCAUAUCGGGGCAGCGUUUUGUCAUCCAGGGAUUUGGGAAUGUGGGUUCUUGGGCGGCAAAGCUGAUAAGUGAAAAGGGUGGGAAGAUUGUUGCAGUGAGUGACAUUACCGGAGCAAUCAAGAACAAGGACGGUCUCGAUAUCCCGGCCUUGCUUAAGCAUACUAAACAACACAGAGGUGUCAAAGGGUUUGACGGUGCAGAUUCGAUCGAUCCAAACUCCAUACUGGUCGAGGAUUGCGAUAUCCUCGUCCCUGCAGCACUUGGCGGUGUCAUCAACAGGGAAAAUGCGAAUGAGAUUAAAGCAAAGUUCAUCAUAGAAGCUGCUAAUCAUCCAACUGAUCCCGACGCGGAUGAGAUCUUGAGUAAGAAAGGUGUGGUAAUUCUCCCAGACAUAUAUGCAAACUCUGGAGGAGUCACUGUCAGUUACUUCGAGUGGGUUCAGAAUAUUCAAGGGUUUAUGUGGGAGGAAGAGAAGGUGAACGAGGAGCUAAAGACUUACAUGACUCGCUCUUUCAAGGACUUAAAAGAGAUGUGCAAAACUCACUCCUGCGAUCUCCGGAUGGGAGCUUUCACUCUCGGUGUUAAUCGUGUUGCUCAGGCUACCAUUCUCAGGGGAUGGGGAGCUUAAGAUUAUCUAAUCUUAUCUAAUCUCUAUGAAGCUCCUGAAUAAAACGAGCCAACCUUUAAUCCACUUUUUGUUUUCUCCUCUACUUUGGCUUAGAGGUCCUCCUGAGUUAACAGAUCUUCUGUAUGUAAUAAAACCUUGGACUCUAUAGUUGAUGAUCAACUUUUUUACUCU